GCGUGUGCGCUCCCGAUGUGCUUCGUUCGGACGUGAUAAUUUUGUCAAAAUUUUCCAAUUAUUUAAAGAACAAGAGAGAUUUUUAAAGAUCUUCAAAGAUCGAACAUCCCGCAAAACGGAGGCUCUGCGGAUGAAAAAAGAUCUCCGAACGGUUCGCGAGAUUUUUUUCCAUAUCGAUCAUGGAGACUCGAUUCCUGCUGAAUUAAAAUGGCUGUGAUUGGCUCCGAGUGAUUUUGGUGACGGGAUAAUAAAAAGCUUCGGCGACCCUUACGCGAUCAGGAUUCCUCAAAGUCCGAUUGUCCUUGAUUAUUGUCGAAAAAGUACGGAUAAAGCACGGACAGAGAGAUGACUUGGCGCUGGGCGCUGAUGCGCGAAAAGCGUUGCUGAUCGACGCUAUUCUGCACCCCGCGGGCAAACGCGCGGGGGCUGGGAAAAAAAUCGUCGUCGGAAUUGAAUAGAAAAAGGAAGAAGAAUUCGUCGGUUAAAUCGAGAAAGCAAAGGAUGAGAUCCUACGACGGUGAGAGCAGCUCAACAGAGGACGACGAUCGCAGGGAAGGCCUGCCGGAAGCUCAUCUACAACAAGGAUCCUGGCAGCGCACAGCGUCACAUCCUACUUGGGCCUGGGAGCAUCGUAACGUCCAUCCACUGCCCCCACAAUCGGCAGCUGCCCUCGAAUCCGUAUACUCGACACCAGGAGCCUCACAUCCGGGUGUCUCGGGACCACCGGCUGCGUACUCAUCGGAACACACCCAGAGUGCACCAGGACGAAGAACUCCAUUGGGUGCCGUGGGCCUUGGUGGCUUCUACUUUCAACAACAACCUCAACCGCAUGCUUCGUCGAGUGCAUUGUCCGAUGAGAAUCGACCGGACGAGAGACCGACAGUUUCGCGAUUGAACUGUCCAUCGAAAUCGAAGACGACUCGUCAAGGAAAGAGCGUAAGACUGAAUAUUAAUGCGCGAGAACGUAGAAGAAUGCACGAUUUGAACGACGCCCUAGACGAGCUUCGCUCUGUCAUCCCUUACGCACAUAGUCCUUCGGUGAGGAAGCUAUCGAAAAUAGCCACCCUUCUCCUGGCAAAAAAUUAUAUCCUUAUGCAAGGAAACGCGUUGGAGGAGCUCCGGAGAGUGAUAGCCGUUCUGCAAUCUCCGCAUGCACACACCACCGCCCUACCGCCCACCCCGGUCUCCUACGAUCUUCUGCAGGGAUUCCCUGGCAAACUAUUCCAGGGGGUGCAGGAGAUGCAAGGGCUUCCUACGAACGAUCCACAAAUCGUGUCCGGUCCUCCGACUGACGGCACGGUCGCCAGCGGAGAGUCGAAUUAAAAAAUCAAUUAUUUCUUCCUACCUGCUUUUCUCGCGAUAGCUCUAAGAAUUUCUCUCAUGAAAAAACGUAUCGAUCGUUAAGAAAUCGAGAGAAUACGAGCCACAGAGAAUUAAACUGGUAAAAUGCGAUAGAAUAGAUAGCGAGAGGAGAGGAUUCAAAAUAUUUGCAAAUGUUUUUGCAGGCCUAAGUCUAAGAUUGAUAAUGUAAGAUGUGUAGAAGAGUCUCUUAAGCUAAAGAAGUACGAAAAUGGAAAUGCCUUUAGCUAUAUGAAAGUAUUAAUUAGAGUACUAUUGAAAUGCAAAUUAAGUCCUCCAGAGAGAGAGAGAGAGAGAGAGAGAGAGAGAGAGAAAAGAGUUAAUCUUUUUUAAAUAUUAACACAUAAAUAAUUUAUAUUUAUCUAAAAAUCAAAACGCAAAAGGGCGAAAAAAAUUACAUCAAUUUAUUUAAAAAAAAAUAAUAAGAUAAAUAUAAGAUCAAGUAAAAAAAAAAUCAAACAAAAGAGAUAAACUCAAAAUAAUCAAAAGUUAAUUAAAAAAAUUAAUUAUUGAUUGAAAGAUAAAAGUUAAUUAGCUAAAAAUUAAAAGAAAAAACUUUCUCCAUCCACGAAAUGAAUUAAAAUAUAUAAUAAUUUCGAAUGACAUUUUGAUAAGAAAAUUAGUUCAGGUUCUUUCUCAAGUCCAAAUAAAGGGCGAAAGUAUUGCGAAAGUAUUAGCGAUUAUAAGCAAUUGACACUGUCACGAUCCUAAAGUCAAUGAUGAUGCAGCAAUAAGACGACGGCGCGUUUUCGUCUCUCUGACAAUCCCAGAUAGAGAAAGAGAUAGAGAGAGAAAUAGUAUUUUGAUGACAGAGGACCGAUUACAUAAUCGCUUUAGCAUUGAAAGAUUCGAAUGUACGGAUAAGAUCGAGAGAAAUUCACGAUGAUUUAAUUAUCGCUGAGAAUCCUCGAUCUUCGAAGCAGAGGGUCGGAAGGACGAAAACGUCGCCAGGACUUGGAACGCGAAGAAGUUCCCGAGUCUCGUCCAGAAACACGAUAGUCAAUAUUAGUAUGUGAUACGUGUCGAGGAGUUCUAGUCUAUAUACAACAUAAAGAUAUAUUGAAUAUUCAUAUACACAUAUACAGUAUAUAUAUAUACAUAUACAUAUAUAUAUAUUUAAUAAUUUAAACAAGGCAUCGCGACUUACGACUUAUUUAUAUACUUAAGAAUCUAUUAUAUAAUGCGCAAGUAAGGAUUUAUCUACUUCGAGAAGCGAAUGGCAAGCGAGUGCGAUGGAAGGAGAGAAAGAGAACGGGCGUAUGAGAUUGGGAAAAAAAAAGCUGUUUAUUGUGCUAUUUGUGAGAAAUAUUCGUGCGAUUCUUUUUUUUUCGCAACGCGAUCAUUUCUUUCGGGGCAAAAGUAAGAAUGAGAUAGCGACUCUGAGAACGAAGACAGAAGGAUAUACUUGUUGUAGAGUGUAGAUAAUAAUUGUUUAGUGCUCUCAAAUAAAAUCUAUUUAAGAGAAUCUCAAUGUAUAUCCGAUGAGCGUCGAAUUAUGAUUUUUAUGUUUUAUAAUUUAUUUUAUUUUAUUUCAAUUAAUCGUUUCUUUGUUUUAUUCUGGUCUUAAUUUUAUUUUCUAUUAUAGUCUGCUUUAUUUUUUAUUUUAUUUCCAAUUAAACAUUAUUUUUCAUUAUAACAAUUAUC